AUGGCUCCCAGCAGAGGCUCUUCGGACGAGAGCAGGCCGGAGGGUUCACUCGACGAAUCUGCAUCACAACCACCAACCCUACGACCGUACCUCGAUAAACUGCCCCCUCUAGAUACCCACGUUACAGACCUACCUACCCCGACUGCUCGACGGUUCGCCUCUUCGAUCGACCGCGAUGCCUCCGCUACCCCGACGCCUUUGCAUCCGUCAGCAGUAGAUCCUGAAGAUGCGGACGACGAUGGUGUGGACAUCGGCGACGACGAGUCACUGGGCGAGAACGAAGAGGAGUUUCAACAACACUACUCUCGCAACUCGCCCGCCUCAUCUGAAGACGACGAGGGAGAAGACGAUGAAGAUCCGACCUUGAACAACGGGUCCGCUGCCUUCAGCAAUAUCAAUCCCGACCGCCUCCAGCGUGUCACCUCGCUCCCACUCUCCGGCACCUCUCCAGGCCUCCAACGCCCGACUCUCCCACACUCGCAGUCCACGGUCUCGCUGAGGGCCCCUCCGCCACCGCCUCCGCUAUAUCCUCCCUUUUACAAUCGUCCACCCACACCUUUGCCCCCGUCGCCAUCUCUGACAUCGCUGCUCCGGCCGCCGUCAAUCCUCAAUCGCUCUACCACGAGCACACGGCCCACCACACCAGACUCCUCCGAUGUCGAAACACCCCUCGACACCGAAGCAGCCGUUGCGCACUCAGCUCGACGCGCCCAUCCACUGCCGCCCGCCUCACCCAAAGUUCCCACCUACGAGUACUACGGCUUUGUGCUAUAUCUAGCCUCCUCACUCGCCUUCCUAAUGUACAUCCUAUGGUCAUACCUGCCCUCACCAUUCCUCCACGCCCUAGGCAUCACCUACUACCCGAACCGGUGGUGGUCCCUCGCGAUCCCUGCCUGGAUCGUCAUGCUCCUCGUCUGGAUCUACGUGGCCCUCCUAAGCUUCAACGUCGAGUACCUCACGCUCAGCCUCUCCAGCGUCGAAUGCAUGGUCGACGACGCCGCCAACGUCGCCGUGCUCGACGAGCGCGGCCGCAUCCGCAAGGGCGGCAGCAAACGCCUAGUGCGCGAGGUGGAGCUGCGGCGCGCCCUCGACCAAGAGCGACGGAACGCCAGCUGGGGCCGCAAGGCCGCCAAGGGCCGGGCGGCCAAGAAGCAGAAGGAGCGCGAGCGCGAGAAACGCAAGGGCGGUGCCAUCGAGCUGUCGGAUCUGGAGGAGGACUGGCUGACGUAUGUCAGCUUGUAUGGCCCGGGCAACGGGGACCGCGGCAUGGAUCUGAGCUGGAAGCAGAUCUGGAACCAGGGGACCGAUGGCGUCAUGGAUGUGCCGUUGGGGGGUGUUUGUGAGGUGCUGUAUGGCGAGGACUAG